CGCAGGUAUUCACAAUUACUCAAAAUGCCUUCCUGCACCCUCCAUCUCCUUGCCCUUGACCCCGUCUCUAGUCUGGAAUUCUUUCUUGCUGAUCUCCAUAGCAGUCGCAAUGUCAUCUUUGCCUCCCGUCCGCGACACACUAUCAUCCCGCCGACUUCUCUCGAUAAAGACCGUCUCAUAAAAUCGAAGUGGGACCUACUUGUCCUGAUCCAGACAGCACCAGACACUACAGCACUUCCAAUUCCAGAGCCACUUCAAAACAAAGUGAAAGAUGAAUACCGAGUACACGUCGGGAUCCCUUCGAAGCUCGUCUCAACUUACACAGCCCGACACGACGCGCUGAAAAAGGCCGCGCUAUCUGUACCGCUUACUGGAUCCCUUUCCACUCUCCUCUCCAACAAGUCCUCUACUGAGGACGGCGAGGUUCCUCCGGAACUCCUCUCGUUCAUGGAAACACUCAUGCGCACGCAUCCCGGCCCAGUGACGAUGUUCAACCUGCUACACUUCCAUCAACCUGACGGGAAAAAGAGCUACUAUAAGUACGGACAAGCAUUUGUCCCAGUGGCAGCGAAAAGGGGCGGCCAGGUGAAGCUGGUGGGAAAUGUGAUCGGGCCAUGGCCAUCCUCAGAUCGGGAGCAGUGGGAUGAAAUCAGUAUCGUGCACUAUCCGUCUAUUAGACAUUUCUGUGAUAUGCUCGCAGGCGAUGAUUAUCAGGAAAUCAACAAGAAACAUCGAUUAUCGGCACUGAAGGACACAUUUCUGCUCUGUACUACCGAAUUUGAUGUAGACGCUUCGUCUACGUCUUCCAGGUUGUAAAUAGGUCAUAAUCCUUAGUAUCAGACAUAAAAGGAAUGCCAGUUCUAGUUUCCGUAUCUGCGAG